AUUAGUGUCUAAUAAAUAUGAAAUACGAAUUUAACUAAAUUAAUUAGGCAUGUUUGCCUCCGGCCUCUGGGGUUGGGGGUUCGAUUUCCACCUCUGGCCUGUAUGCACAGAGUUUGCAUGUUCUCCCCAUGCUUUGAGGGUUUCCUCUGUGUAUUCUGGUUUCCUCCCCCAAUCCAAAGACAUUCAUCAUAGACAUGCUGAUUGGCAUUUCCAAAUUGUCCGUGGUGUGUGAGUGUGUGUAUGAGUGUGUGAGUGUGUGUGCGACUGUGCCCUGCGAUGGGUUGGCAUGCCCGUCCAUGGUGUCCCCCGCCUGGUGCCCAGAGUUCUCUAAGAUAAGCUCCAGGCUCUCUGAGACCCCCUGUAGGAUAAGCGGUACAAAAAAUGGAUGGAUGGAUGAAUAUCAAACCCUAUCAUUAACCACAAUAGCCAAAAGGAAACCGUUUGGGUCUUUAUACAGACAUACACCUACUUACAAACACACCUUUACGUAAUUAUAAUCGUAUUAAUAUUAUUUUGUUGCUCUGUUUAUUUACAUGAGUUGCUAUGUGCUGUUAUUACUAUUCACUUGCUUUUACACAUUGGUUUUGAUUGGGUUACGCACUUUCAGAGAGAGAGAGAGAGAGACAGAGAGAUAGUUAGAUAGGAGAUAGAUAGAUAGAGAGAUGGAUAGUGAUAGAGACACAGAUAGAGAGAGAUAGAGUGUGAGAUAGAGACAGACAGAGAGACAGAGAGAUAGUUAGAUAGGAGAUAGAGAGAUGGAUAGUGAUAGAGACACAGAGAUAGAGAGAGAUAGAUAGAGUGUGAGACAGAGAUUUAGAGAGAUAGAGACAGACAGAGAGAGAGAGAGAGAGAAAGAGAGUCUACGCUGUCCUUCUCAGUGCAGGCUGAAUGACUGCGUCUCCGCACACACUGUUUGCUGUUGUUUACUCCUCUGUCCCACUUGAAGGACAGCAGUAAGAGAGAGACAGUAAUAAAUCUGAUGGCGUGUGUCCUCCGCUGCAGCACCUCCGCUGUGUUCUAGCCGCGCGGAUAAACUCGUUCCUGUACCCGGGGAGCUGCGGUGGCUGGAGCGGCUCUGUCAGGCUCUCAGAUGGCGUCUCCCGAGGCAGAAACUCCGUCCCCAACUGCCAACGGGGACAAAGUCCGUCAGUCGGACAGCAACACCAGUUUCUUACGGGCUGCGAGAGCUGGGAACAUCGACAAGGUUCUGGAGUACCUUAAGGGUGGCGUGGACAUCAGCACUUGCAAUCAGAAUGGACUCAAUGCUCUGCACCUGGCAGCUAAGGAGGGGCACAUGGAUCUUGUCCAGGAGCUGCUGGAUAGAGGUGCCGCAGUGGACGCUGCAACGAAGAAAGGAAACACAGCUCUCCACAUCGCUUCUCUAGCAGGCCAGGGGGAUGUGGUGAAGAUCCUGGUCAAACGUGGAGCGGACAUCAAUUCACAAUCACAGAAUGGCUUCACUCCAUUAUACAUGGCUGCCCAAGAGAACCAUUUGGAUGUGGUUCGCUACCUUUUGGAAAACGGAGGAAACCAGAGCACAGCAACAGAGGACGGCUUCACCCCUUUGGCCAUUGCUCUACAGCAGGGUCAUAAUCAGGUUGUCUCCAUUCUCCUGGAGAACGACACUAAGGGAAAGGUGCGCCUCCCUGCCCUCCACAUUGCUGCCCGUAAGGAUGACACAAAAUCAGCUGCCCUGCUGCUCCAGAAUGACCACAACGCAGAUGUCCAGUCCAAGAGCGGAUUUACACCACUGCAUAUUGCAGCUCACUAUGGGAACGUGAAUGUGGCAACAUUACUCCUAAAUCGAGGAGCUGCUGUGGAUUUUACUGCAAGGAAUGGAAUCACACCAUUGCAUGUGGCAUCUAAGAGGGGAAAUACAAACAUGGUCCGGCUGUUGUUGGACAGAGGGGCGAAGAUUGAUGCCAAAACAAGGGAUGGCCUCACACCUCUGCACUGUGCAGCAAGGAGUGGGCACGACCCAGCAGUGGAGCUCUUGCUGGAAAGAGGAGCUCCCAUUCUGGCAAGAACCAAGAAUGGCCUGUCUCCUCUCCACAUGGCAGCACAGGGUGACCAUGUCGAGUGUGUUAAACACCUGCUGCAUCACAAGGCUCCGGUGGACGACGUCACGCUGGACUACCUGACCGCACUCCAUGUUGCCGCUCACUGUGGCCACUACAGAGUCACAAAGCUUCUGCUCGACAAAAGGGCCAAUCCCAACGCUCGAGCACUGAAUGGCUUCACACCUCUUCAUAUCGCCUGUAAGAAGAACAGAGUGAAGGUGAUGGAGCUUCUUGUCAAGUAUGGAGCUUCCAUUCAGGCCAUCACUGAGUCUGGCCUCACCCCUAUACACGUGGCAGCUUUCAUGGGCCAUCUCAGCAUUGUUCUCUUGCUGCUUCAGAAUGGAGCUUCUCCUGAUGUCAGCAACAUACGUGGGGAAACAGCGCUCCAUAUGGCUGCUCGAGCUGGCCAGGUGGAAGUAGUGCGCUGCCUGCUCAGAAAUGGAGCCGUGGUAGAUGCAAGAGCCAGAGAAGACCAGACUCCACUCCACAUCGCCUCUCGGUUGGGAAAAACAGAGAUUGUCCAGCUGCUGCUCCAGCAUAUGGCUCAUCCAGAUGCCUCUACAACCAAUGGCUACACACCUCUGCACAUCUCUGCUCGUGAGGGGCAGCUGGACGUAGCAUCAGUACUGCUUGAGGCUGGAGCUUCUCAUUCCCUGCCAACUAAGAAAGGAUUUACUCCCUUACAUGUUGCAUCUAAGUAUGGAAGCCUUGAUGUGGCAAAGCUCCUCCUGCAGCGUCGAGCCCCUCCAGAUGCAGCGGGGAAAAAUGGUCUCACGCCUCUCCAUGUCGCUGCACAUUAUGAUAACCAGAAGGUGGCACUGCUGCUUUUGGACAAAGGGGCUUCACCCCACGCCAUGGCCAAGAACGGAUAUACUCCACUCCACAUAGCUGCAAAGAAGAACCAAAUGGAGAUUGCCACUACUCUGCUGCAGUAUGGAGCAGAAACCAGCAUCCAGACCAAGCAGGGGGUGACGCCACUUCACCUGGCCUCUCAGGAAGGCCACAGUGACAUGGCGGCCCUGCUACUGGAGAAAGGGGCCAACGUCAAUGUGCCCACUAAGAGUGGACUUACAGCUCUUCAUCUUGCUGCCCAGGAAGACAAAGUCAGUGUUGCUGAAAUCUUAGUUAAACAUGGUGCCAACCUCGACCAGCAAACUAAAUUGGGUUACACACCGCUAAUCGUCGCCUGCCACUACGGAAAUGCCAAGACGGUCAACUUUCUUUUGAAGAAUAAUGCCAGCGUCAAUGCCAAGACAAAGAAUGGAUACACACCUCUCCACCAAGCUGCACAACAGGGCAACACACACAUCAUCAACGUUCUGCUGCAGUAUGGAGCCAAACCCAAUGCUACCACUGCGAAUGGAAACACAGCCCUUGCCAUCGCUCGUCGUCUGGGUUACAUCUCAGUGGUGGACACAUUAAAAGUGAUUACAGAGGAGGUCAUUACUACAACAACAACCGUGACUGAAAAACACAAACUGAACGUGCCAGAGACCAUGACUGAGGUACUUGACGUGUCUGAUGAGGAAGGUGAGGACACUAUGACAGGUGAUGGAGGAGAAUAUCUGAGAGCGGAGGACUUGAGGGAGUUAGGAGAUGACUCUCUGCCUGGUCAAUACUUGGAUGGAAUGAAUUACCUGAGGUUCAGUCUAGAAGGCAGCCAAUCCGAAAGUAUGGACAGGUCCUACAUGUCUAAUCGUUAUGGAUAUCACUCACCAAAGCAUGAUGGUAUGAUGGAUGAUACAGUCCACAGUUACCAGAUGUCAUCCCUUGCUAAUGAGAAGGAUCCAUUUAGACUGAAUUGGGAAACGGAAAACCUGGACAAUAUUGCACUCUCCUCCAGUGCUGGUCAAUCUGGCCAUUCCUCUCCGUGCCAUGAACAUGACAGCAGCAGCUUUCUUGUCAGUUUUAUGGUGGAUGCCCGAGGUGGUGCCAUGCGAGGGUGCCGCCAUAAUGGCCUGCGCAUCAUCAUCCCCCCGAGGAAGUGCAGCGCUCCAACACGAGUAACCUGUCGCCUAGUGAAACGACAUCGCUUAGCAACCAUGCCCCCGAUGGUUGAAGGAGAUGGGUUAGCUAGCCGAAUUAUUGAGGUUGGACCCUCUGGUGCUCAAUUUCUUGGACCAGUGAUUGUGGAGAUUCCACAUUUUGCUGCUCUGAGGGGGAAGGAGAGAGAGCUGGUGAUCCUGCGCAGUGAGACAGGAGAAAGCUGGAAAGAGCAUCAGUGUGAAUAUACAGAGGAGGAGCUCAAUCAAAUCCUUAAUGGCAUGGAUGAAGACCUGGACCCUCCAGAAGAGCUGGAGAGGAAGCGUAUUUGCCGCAUAAUCACCCGGGACUUCCCACAGUACUUUGCGGUGGUCUCACGGAUCAAACAGGACAGUAAUUUGAUUGGUCCAGAGGGCGGGAUUUUGAGCAGCACAGUGGUACCACAAGUCCAGGCUGUCUUUCCAGAAGGAGCACUUACAAAACGUAUUCGAGUUGGAUUACAGUCUCAGCCUGUGAAUGUAGACAUGGUGAGAAAGAUCUUGGGGAACAAAGCUACAUUUAGUCCUAUAGUCACCCUGGAGCCCCGUAGACGGAAGUUCCAUAAACCCAUCACCAUGACCAUUCCUGUCCCCAAGACUUCCACUGACCCGAUACACAAUGGCUUUGGAGUAGAUACACCAACACUCCGCUUGUUAUGCAGUAUCACAGGUGGAACAACAUCAGCUCAGUGGGAAGAUAUAACUGGAACCACACCUUUAACUUUUAUUAAUGACUGUGUGUCAUUCACCACAAAUGUCUCGGCAAGAUUCUGGCUAAUAGAUUGUCGACAGGGCCACGAGUCAGUCAACUUUGCCACGCAGGUGUAUCGGGAGACAAUCUGUGUGCCAUACAUGGCCAAAUUUGUCAUCUUUGCUAAAACUCAUGAUCCAAUAGAGGCACGUCUGCGCUGUUUCUGCAUGACUGAUGACAAGAUAGAUAAAACUCUGGAGCAGCAGGAGAACUUCACCGAGGUGGCUCGAAGUAGGGAUGUAGAGGUAUUAGAAGGAAAACCCAUCUAUGCAGACUGCUUUGGAAAUCUAGUCCCCCUCACCAAGAGUGGCCAACAUCAUAUCUUCAGCUUUUUUGCCUUCAAAGAAAACCGACUUGCCCUAUUUAUAAAGAUACGAGAUAACACUCAGGAACCUUGUGGUCGAUUGUCCUUCAUGAAAGAACCAAGAUCAUAUAGGAGUUUGGCCCACAAUGCUAUAUGCAACCUAAAUAUUACUCUACCAACUUAUGCUAAGGAAUCAGAUUCAGAUCAAGAGCCUGAUGAGGAGACUAGCCGAAUACUUGGAAGAUAUGAUGAAGAUACUGAAAAUUCUACAGAGACAUCCAUCCUGAAAACUCACUUGAUUCGAGAUUCUCCUGCCCUUGCAAGCCCAGAUUUACUCUCUGAGGUGUCAGAGAUGAAACAAGACCUGAUCAAAAUGACUGCCAUUCUGACCACUGAUUCCUCUGAGAAGUCAAACUCUAUGCAUGGGGGUAGUCUAGAGAAGGGGGUGGAGGAGAUGUCAGGGGAGCCUUUUGAAAUAAUGGAAAAGGUAAAAGAGGAUUUGGAGAAAGUUAAUGAAAUUCUAAGGAGUGGGACAUAUGAAGAUAAGGUUGUUGAAAAGUCAGCAGAAGCAGGAAGUUGUGCAUAUAGAAAGGAUGAGGAGUGGGUUCUUCUUUCAGACUGUGAAAUUGAAGAGGCCAAAAUGAUGGCAGCUUUUGAGACCCAAGAGGCGUUUCUUAAGGAUAUUCGAGGUACCCGAGGGUCACAAACACAAAAGGGUAUAGAUGGAGACCAUAAAGAGUACUUUCUGGAUGCACCCGUGACAUCUGGAGCUGCAGUGCAGGGGAGUGUGGUACAGGAAAAGUUCACUGAAGUUGUUUUGCGCAAAGGUGGAAAAAAAUUUGUACCAACUGUGAUCAAAGAUACUAAAAUACAUGUGGCUGAAGUGAAAAAGCCCAUCCGAAGAAAAGGACCUCAUGGACAGAGUGAUGAAUACAAUGUACACACUUCAAAAACAGGUUCUGUUAGUGAGAGAACAGAAAAAGCACAUAGAGAUGAUGGCCUCUUACAUGCUCCCUCAAAUAAAAAAAUGUCACCUGUAUCUCCAGUAGUUGAAGAAACACCCAUUGGCUCAAUUAAAGACAAAGUUAAAGCUCUUCAAAAGAAGGUGGAGGAGGAACAAAGAGGCCGCAAGCAGACUGGCAUCAAAUCCUCUCCUGGUUCUUCAGAGAAAAAAUCAUCUCCUGUUAUACAAAAAACAGCAACCAAUAAAAAGACACAAGCACCCAUAAAAUCACCAAAAAAUGAGUCAGAGAGACUAGAAGAGACCAUGUCAGUAAGAGAACUCAUGAGGGCUUUUCAGACAGGACAAGACCCUUCGAAGGGAAAGUCUGGACUUUUUGAACAUAAAGCAAGUUCUGGACCAAAGCAUACAAAAACGGUUAAAAUAAAGGAGACUCUGUCCACACAGUCCCAGUCUCAAGCAUCAUCACUUGGACAAGAAGUGUCACUUGAAACUAUAAAAUGUUUUGACCCAAAGAAAAUAAACGAACUUCAGAUUAGCACAGAGAUACAACAUUCUCAAGACUUAAGUUCCAAUGUAAGAGCAGAACCAGACAGUGUUCAGUGUCAAGAACUUCAAAUGGCAAAAGCGCAAGAUGAGAUUUCUUCUGCCUUACAAUCAGCAGACCCUACAGUCCAAAGAAAUUUGGCUACUGCAGUAACCCAAGAUUUGUCUAAGGACACUAAAUUAUCUCAAAUUUAUAGUGGCCCAGAUGCACUUGAUUACAACUCUGACAUUCACAAAAUAGAAGAGCUAGCUGUUUCCCCUUGUACCAGCGUAGGUGAAGGCGAAGUCCACAUAAGCUCAGAGGACAGUGACAAACAUGAAGGCAUGGCAGAAACUCUGGAUACAAGUCCUGAAAGCCUUUCAUCAUCACCCAGACAGCCAGAUCAAUAUGUAGAUGGAAAGCUCUCUAAAGUAGAAACAGUUACAGCCAAAGAUGAGACAAGUACACUAUCUAACUCCUCUUCCACUGGUGCAAAGACAGCUGAUGAUCAGGCAUCUACAGCAACUCUUGGAUACUUGUCUGUGAAAAAUGCGGUGGAUUAUCCUUCAAAAAGUGAGUCUGUGUCUGCUUCUCAGGGCAAAACUGUUAAAUUUGUUGAUGAAAAAUUCUCUGUGGAUGAGGACAUUCUUUUGAUAUCAUAUAAACCACCAAAAUCUCGAAAACUAAUGAAAAGAGGUUCUGAAACAAUAGACAGUUUUUUGAGUGAUGAAGAACCAUCAGAUGGUCAACAACUGUCAACCUCAGCUGACUACCUGGCUACAAGGGCUGAUAUACAGGGUUAUAAUGGUUUAGUACUGCCUCUUAGACAUCUGGAUUCAGAAACCAUUAGUCCAGUAGCUGAUGAUUCUAUAACCAUUAGUCAUAAGGACUCAUUAGAAGGUAGUCCCCUUAUGGAAGACAACUCCUCCCAUAAAUCCCCAGACUCAAUUGAACCUAGUCCAACUAAAGACUCCCCAUGCUGUGACUCUCUAGAAAACAGCCCUGUAGAACAAAAAAACAUCAUGGCCUUGCCUCCUACAGUAGAGCAACCCAGUGUGACUGCAGGGCACCCGACAUCCUCCAAAGCUCCUGAGUUACCCCCAGAAAAUUUGCAUAGACUCCCCAGAGACCAGGAGGGUAGUGCCGACGAUGACAGUUGCGAGCAGACAUCUCAGCUGACGAGUUCGGGUAAGAGUCCAUUUUCCCCUGACACGCCAAGUUCUGAAGAGGUAAGUUAUGAGCUCCAUUCCAAAACCCCAGACCCUAUGGUCCUGUCCAUGUUCCUAAUUCCAUCUGUCAUACCUGAGGAUGCAGAGGGAAAUGUGUUGGAGUGUAUCAUGACCCAGAGGAAAUUCACCCCUGAGGAAGAGAUGUUUAAAAUGGCUGCCAAAAUAAAAACAUUUGAUGAGAUGGAGCAAGAUGAAAAAGACAGAAAGGGCAAUAGUAAAGAUAUCUUCUCUCAGACCAUGAAUGAGUCUGAAAGAGGACAUGAAAGCUUCAUAUUAAUUGGGCCUGAAUCCAAAGUUGAAACAGCCUCAGUGGAUGGCCUUGGGCCUACUGAGACAAAACAAGGGUCAGAGGUAGCACAAUCUAUUGAACCUACUAUUAAAGUACAACCUCCCUCUCCUUUUCCAGCAGGUGUGCAUGAGAUCCCUCAAACAUCUGAGGACAUGGCCCACACUGCAGCAUCAACAGAUGAAUCAGCAAUGGAGGGACCUCAGUCUGUCUCAGAAAAGCAUGCAAAAGCCCAUCAGAUCCCUCUACAAAAAGAAAUGCAGUCGCUUAGUAUGAAAGAGUUACAACAGACCAACAGUCAAUUGUUAAGCAAUGAAGGGAAGGUCAAAAUACCUUCUGAACUAAAUAAGGAAAUCCAGAGAAAGUCAAGGGAAAGCAAAUAUGAUGAUAUGGGUGGAAAGCAGAAAGAUACAUCAGACUACCAGGGAGUUUAUAGCAAAUCACAUAGUCAGGUAGAAUGUAAUGUAACAGAUGAUGUUAAAGGUGAUCACAUAAGGCCUGCAGGGGUAUCUGAUCUAGGUUCAAACAGGGAAAGUUUAAGGGCUGAAAGUGAUUCUUUGCCUAGUAUUAGUGGGCAGGCUAGGGAAACAUUUAAACCAGAAAUAUGCAUAUAUGAUGACACUGGAGAAGAUGAUUUAGAGGAAGAACUUCCUAAAACAAAGUCUAGAGGGGUAACUGCAAAAACCCUGGCAGACAACUGGAAUACCAUGCGGGAAGAUGAUGAUGCCUUUGCAGCAAGAGUCAAAGAAGAGGAGCAAAAGAUUUUGGGUCUGGCAGUAGAUCGACAGUCCCAAGGUGCAACUCCAGACACCACACCAGGAAGGACGCCCACUGAGGAAGGCACGCCGACAAGUGAACAAAACCCUUUCCUUUUUCAAGAGGGUAAACUAUUUGAAAUGACUAGAAGUGGAGCAAUAGACAUGACCAAAAGGGGAUAUGAGGAGGAAGGCUUUGCUUAUUUUCAAAUAGGAGAGCAACCAAUUGAAGAGGCACUUAUAGAGGAUAUUAUGGAAGAAUCUGAUGCAGACUUUACUAGAGCAGAAAGAGAGGUUGCCAUAAACCUCACUGUGCAGAUUAAACCAGAAGACACUGUGGAAUAUUCAAAAGAGGCUACAGGCAUAUCCAUUCACUCCACACCUGAGGAUGAUCAAUCAGGAAUAGCUUCUAAGUCAGAUGCCUCACAGUCUACAAUUCCCAUUAAAUUGGCUGUUUCUGCUUCACCCAAUACAAGUAAAAAACACAUUGAAAAAGAAGCUGUAGAAAUAAAAACAGAUAAGUUAGCUGAAAAUAUUUCUUCAGAGACUGAUCUUGGUUCUUCAGACACUAUCAUAACUGAUGUCCAGACAGCGGUGUCAACAGUAACCAGAUCAGUUUAUUCCCAGCAGGACCAAGAGUCCUCAGAUUCCUCCCCAGAGGAUGAGCACUCAGUGAUAGAACUACCCAAAGCACCUGAAAAAACAUCUCAAACAUCCAAAAUGAUAUCAAAGUCAAAAGCAAAGCCUGACUGUAAAGGUAAUACUUCAUCUACUCAGAAAAAGUCCUCCUUCUCUACAGAGGAGGAGAAGCAAAAAUCAAGAAUACCUAUAAAAGCUCUUUCCCACAAAUCAGCUACAGAACAUGAUUUAUCUGUGAAAUCUCCUAAGGAGAAAAAGUCUAAAUUGCCUGUAAAACCUGAAACAAAGAGAAAAUCUGAGACAGACACAGGUCCCUCUGUAAGCUCCAGAGUGACAAGGUCUAUCAAAGCCAAGAGCUACUGUGAAAGUGAUUCUACAAAGAAACCAACAAAAAAGGACCAGGGUCAUCCAGCAGGUACUGAGUUGCCCAACAAAUAUAAGACAUUACCAUCGAAGCUACCUGUCAGGGGAAAGCCUGGUCAAGCAACUCAUACUACUACAACUGGCAAAAAAGAUCAGCAAUCAGAGAAGCGCAAGAAGUCUAUUGAUUUUUUUGAGGAGAUUAGUGAUGAGGCAGCUAAGCUAGUGGAAAGGUUGGCCCAAGCAGAAAAAGAGACAGAGGAGGAAGCUGCCAUGUCGGAUGAUGAAAGCAGCACCAUAGAUGUCUCAGUAAUAGAAUGUGAGCCUUUCCCUGACAUGCCUCUUCCUGAGGACCCAUUGGUCAUUAGGCCUCGAUGGGACGACCCUGUUGAGACGCAGAUGGAAAGAAUCCCUGCUGAUAAAGCUCAAGUCCAAAGUCAAGCGGAUCCACAGGAUGAGCUUGACAGGAAGGAAGGACGAUUGGCUGUAAUGGCUGAUCAUCUUGGUUUCAGCUGGACAGAGCUGGCUUGUGAACUUGAAUUUGAUGAAGAGCAGGUCAAUCAGAUAAGAGUAGAGAAUCCAAACUCAUUACAAGACCAAAGUCAUGCACUCAUAAGACUAUGGACAAAAAGAGAGGGGACAAAUGCUACAGAAAGCACUUUGAUCUCAAAGCUCACAAAGAUUAACCGUAUGGACAUUGUACAUCUCAUCAAAGCAAAGAUCGUACAGUCCACUCAGGACCACUCAUCACAUACCUAUGCAGAAAUUGAGCAGUCUAUAUCACAGGACCACAGUGAAGGUUUCACAGCUCUUCACGAGGACAUUGACAGCCCUAAGCCAGUCCGCCACACAGAGCUCACUUCAAGAAGGCCAAAGUCUGGGCAUCAACCUCCAUUAGUGUCUGUCGAGGAUCUCUCUUCUAGUGCAUCUUCACUCAGUGAUACCCAGAAAGAGAAGUUGCAGUUGCACAUAGAUAAAGCUGAAGAAGUGGCUGCAGCAGGCUCAACACUGUCUGGUUUUGAGAUGAUUGGUCUAAGACAGCAGUUCCCUGGCACUGUCAAAAAAGAAAUAGCAGAGGAGCUAGGCUUGCUGUCAGAUAGUUCAGAGGAAGAGGUGUUGACCACCCGAGUGGUACGGCGCAGAGUUAUUAUCCAGGGAGAUGAAUUUCCAGAAAUUUCCCCUCACACAGUGACAGAGGAGCAAUACACAGAUGAGCAUGGAAACAUAGUCACCAAAAAGAUCACAAGGAAAAUCAUCCGUAAGUAUGUGUCUGCAGACGGAGUAGAGCGUGAAGAAGUGAUGGUGGAGGGAGCUCAGCAAGAAGCUAUCACUGUAGAUGAUGCUGAUGGAUUUUCCAAAGUGGUGAAAAGAACAGUAGUAAGGAGUGCUGGAGACCAGACCGAGGUUACGUUUUCUGAACCAGUUCCUGCAACAGCCUCUGAGUUUGAAGGAGAGAAUGCCCAAGGUCGUAAAGUAAGCAAGGUCAUCAAAACCAUGGUGGUGCAGGGUGAGAGGAUGGAAAAGCAAACUGGCGACCCCUUGUUGUCAGCAGACCUCCCUUCGGCAAAAAAUGACUUUGAAAAGGCUUUGAGUUAUGCAGGGGGCUUUGACAUUGUGCUCCUGCCUCAUUUAAUGGAGAAAGAGAUCAUGAAGGAGGAUGGAUCUAUGAUCAGAAGGACCCGCAUGCAUAAGACAUGCACUCAGAAGAAGACCGUAGUGAGGGACGGCCAGAGCAAACACAUCCACCUGGAGCGAAUGGAGGACACUCCAGAGUCCCUAAAACCUGACGACCUGCAGCAGCACCUACACCAUCUGCUCCAACGCUACUGCACACCAGAAGUGGAGGAGGAGAAGGAGGAGGAGGCAGAGGAGUUGGUGGAGAGAGAGGAAAAGCAGGACACAAAUGACUGAUUUUCUAUUACCUUUUCAUUUAUUUGCGCUCCCAAAAACCCUGACAGAAUAGAUCAGAUUGUGACCCAUAUCCUCUUGUCACUUUGUCUCUCACUAUCACCAUGACAGCGACUUCCCGUGUUCCCAACCCAUUUCUUUUUGUGUUUAUUUAUGUUAAUUUUUUUCCUCCAUUGCAAAAAAGGAAAGAUUUGUGUGCUAGAAUGUUUUUUGUUGAUGUGAAGUUUUCCUAUUUUUAUUACUUUGUGACCAAAGAUAGCUUUACCUUAUUUUAAAUGAACAUUUUGGCUAGAAAAGAAUCCUAAAUAUAUGGGGGGGGGGGGGGGGGGGGGGCAACUAAACAUCGUCCUGGACACGUCCCUCUUUCACAAUAACUUUAAUAGCUGAAAUAACGAGAUGUGUAAAUAUUAGAAUGGAAAUGGAACAAUAACCCAACAUGCACUGCACCGUCUACAUACAUGCCGUAAACCUGCACCAGUGCAAUACUGCGGUUAAAGGUGUUAAGAUUCAUUCAAAUUCUGUCCAAAGGCUUUGGAUAACUGACUUUUUACUGUCUGUUACUGAGGCAUGUUUACUGUUCACCACAAAUGCAGGAUCACAGUUGGAUAGUAUUGCGAUCAUGUUAAAAAAAAAAAAAAAAAAAUAGAAUGAAUGUCAUUGUGUAGUUCAUCACGAUACCCAGAAUGAGCUUGAGUAAUUUGUAUGCAGUAUAAAUGUAAAUUCAGAAAAAAAAGCUACAUGCCAGCUUUUAAUGUGCUUUUUGGGAGUCAUAUUGAAUGAACGCUUAGCACAUUGUUCCUUACUCCUGCUCAUUUUCUGUUGGUCCUUCACAUAUUGUUAUAAAAGGUGACAACAGCUUUGCACAGUGGAUUCAGUCUGCCCUAUUUACUCUGUCUAUGUGAGUGUGUGUGUGUGUGUUUCUUCACUAUGUUAAUCUCCAGUCACAACACUGCUACUCCUCGUCUGCACGUAAGAAAGUAGCAAUCAUUAAAGGUAACUUUAUCAGA